AUGUUACUCUCAUCUCUCCAACACACCAGCAGCGGUAACAGAAGAACGGACCAUAACCGACUGGACAACCACAAAUUGAAACAUGGGUUUGUUUCUGGUUCCCGUGGCUCCUGCUCCCCUCAGCCUCUCACAACUACAUCAGCGGCUAACCGGCUCAUCGGGCUCUUCCAGGUUGGCUGUUCACUGGAGAGGUAUGUGGAGGAGUUUGUAGAGCUAGCUUUUCUGACUAACUGGUCAGAUGCACGUUUGAACGCCCUGUUUCUGGACGGACUGGAUGAUGACACUAUCCGUUUUGAUGAACCUAAAGAUUCUUUUUCCUUGAGCGAAACCAUUAAUCUAAUUUUGUAUUUAAACGGAUCUAAUUUCCUUGUUGAUGAGGUUCAGGAUAUGUGUCCAUCUCGUCCAGUCCCUCUAGAAACAGAGGUGGCCAGGCCAGUUAGUCAGUCUCCUUCUUCCUCCGCAUACCCCUCCAGUGAACUCCUCUCCUGUUCCAUGCUGGACCCUCACUCCUCUGCGGGGUCCAGAAGGCGGAGGAGGAAGAAAAGCUCAGCUCUAGUCUCUACGGAGCCCAUUCCAGACCCCGCUGAGCCCACUCCAGUGCCAGUGGCGGACAUGCACCUUUUGCAUGCAACUCGAGAGAAGAAGAUUAUCUCGCGCGAUAUUGAUCAAGUUUUCACACAGAAGUUCAACUUCAGAUCAUACAACCACGAGAGGAGCACGAGGGAGUUGUGUCAGUAUAUAUUUGUUCGAUAUACAAUCUACUGUUGGGUAAUGGACAAUCGUGGCAAAGCAAAAAGAACUCGAAAGAGGAAAAUCUUCAAUGACUUUGUUAAUGACUUGGACCUUGAAAACGACAGUGACAUGACUGACAUUGAGUUAACCCAGCUUAGUCAAAGUCUUCUGCCAGCAAAAAAACGAAAAACAGAGUCUAAUCCAAAUAAAAACAAACAAGCUGUUAAAAGGACUGUGUCCUAUCCAGAUCCUCCUCCAAAAUACAAACAUCCAAAACCCAUGCCAGGUCAACACAAACCAAAUAAAGAUGUUGCAAAUUCUACAAACAAUAAAAAAAAAGAAGAUCAACUUUUGUGUCCAACACACUUGGAUGAGACGUGCCCGACCCCUGUCUUUGUCUACCCUACGUUAAGUUGUGAUAGCACACUUCAUGACAAUAAACAUCAGUAUCAAGAUGGUGUUAUUGAUCUAUACCCUAGAAUAAUCAAUGACACCAUGAGACGGUCACAUAAUGAACAGCCAUCUUCCAGAAAUCAGGAAACGUUCUACAGGCCACCGUGGACAACUGAAAGAGUAUUGUCUACAGUCCCAAAUUCUGGAUUGACGCCCCAGUCACAGAGAGCACCCCAGUCCCAGAGGGCACCGCAGUCCCAGAGGACACCGCAGUACCAGAGGGCACCGCAGUCCCAGAGGACACCCCAGUCCCAGAGGACACCCCAGUCCCAGAGGACACCCAGUCCAGAGGGCACCGCAGUCCCAGAGGGCACCGCAGUCCCAGAGGGCACCGCAGUCCCAGAGGACACCGCAGUCCCAGAGGGCACCGCAGUCCCAGAGGACACCCCAGUCCCAGAGGACACCCCAGUCCCAGAGGACACCCCAGUCCCAGAGGGCACCGCAGUCCCAGAGGACACCGCAGUCCCAGUCCCAGAGGGCACCGUCCCAGUCCAGAGGGCACCGUCAGUCCAGAGGGCACCGAGUCCAGAGGACAGAAGGGCACCCCAGUCCCAGUCCCAGAGGGCACCCCAGUCCCAGUCCCAGAGGGCACCCCAGUCCCAGUCCCAGAGGGCAUCCCACUGUUCACAUAACGAACAGCCAUCUGCCAGACGGAGAAUUUAUGAUUCGUUCUCCAGGCCAUCUGGGGCAACCGAAAGAGUAUUGUCUCCUGUCCCAAAUUCUUCACGGGCGCCCCAGUCCCAGAGGACACCCCAAUCCCAGAGGACACCCCAGUCCCAGAGGACACCCCAGUCCCAGAGGGCACCCCAGUCUGCAUCGAGGAGUGAGCACAGACCUGACGGUGGUACCAGACCCUCAAAGAGUGCCUACCCCAUGUCAACCACAAAAUUUCAAAGGAAGGUCUUUUCAAUGUUGUUCGAUUUGAAAGAUCAACUUAAGCAAAUAGUUGGCAUUCUGGACCCUGGCAGGUCUACAACAUCUCUAAAGAAGAUGGAUUCAGAGAGUGACCUAAAACUCUUUGAAGAAUCCAUCAAAGAUGUUGAUGUCAAGUUGAUCUGUGUCCAGCAACUGUCCAGAGUUGGUGGAUAUUCUGUUCGCGACUGUGUGAACAAAGUUAUGAACAGAAUGAUGACAAAUGCUCUCAUGUCCAAAUUUAAUAUGAGGGGUGGUGGCCAGCUUGGGAAAAAGCCAUUUAAAGCCACACCUUUAUAUGACAUUAUUCAAGAUGCUGUGAAGAGGUGGAGCCCAAACACAACAGACUCUGAAAUAGAUGCAGCAAUGGGGGAACACCUCAAGCACGCUCCAGGAAGAGCUGGGGGUGGAGGAUAUAAACAAUGAGCCAAACCACUGUAAUGUGUUUGAGGGAUAGUUCACCCAAAAAUGAAAAUGUUCAUUUUCUCAACCUCAUGUUUCAAACCUGUAUAACUUUCUAAUUUCGUUUGAUCACAAAGAUAUUUGGAAGAAUGUAACUAAGCAGAUCUCGCCGCCUUAACUAUCAUAAUAUAUUUUUUUUCUAUAAUGGUAGUUAAUGGGUUGUGAGAUCUGCUUGGUUACAAACAUUCUUCCAAAUAUAUUUGUGAUCAACAGAACAUAGAAAGGUAUAGAGGUUUGAAACAUGAGGGUGAGUAAAUGACAGAAUUUUCAUUUUUGGGAGAACUAUCCCUUUAUAUAAUUCAGGAUUUUGUACUUGUUUUAAUUUGGUUAACAGAAACCGUUCCAAAAAAUAAAUUGUGCUAAAUCAGAA